UGUCGGUGCUGCAGCUCAGUCGGUUAUUGGCUGAUGAACUGAGACCGGAGAGCGAACAUGGCAGCGCCCUCAGGACCGAGAGGACCCGCAGCCUCCAGCCCGACCGGGUUCCAGGCUUUCCCGUUCCCGGUGAGCGGCCCGGCACCGGAGGACAGUCCCGGGAAAGAGCAGCAGCAGAGCGGGGAGCAGAAGAAGCCGUGUCGGGCCUGUACGGACUUUAAGUCGUGGAUGAAGUUCCAGAAGAAACAGACGACAGCAGCUGCACAGGAGGUCGGAGCUACAGGGUCCGAGCCGCCAGAGGACCCACAGUGUCCGCUGGACAGGGAGGAGUUGGGACGUAACACCUGGUCCUUUCUGCAUACCAUGGCAGCGUAUUACCCCGAGCGUCCGUCCUCCUCAGCGCAGCAAGAGAUGGGACAGUUCAUCAACCUCUUCUCCAAGUUCUUCCCCUGUGACGAAUGUGCAGAAGACCUCAGAGGAAGAUUAAAAACCAAUCACCCGGACACCAGCAGUCGCCACGCUCUCUCUCAGUGGUUCUGUCGUCUCCACAAUGACGUCAACGUCCGGCUGGGGAAACCUGAGUUUGACUGCUCGCGUGUGGAUGAGAGGUGGAAAGAUGGAUGGAAAGAUGGUUCCUGUGAUUGAAGGAUUGUGUCUGGAGCACUUACAGAUGUGAGGACUGAGGCAGAGAACCUGUGACAACAACUCCUUCCUGUCAGUGCAAAUCUUUUGAGUGGGAACAAACUCUCAACGUCUCACGUUGUGGAAAAACUUAAUCUGAAGAGUGAGGUCCUGCUUUGUGGUCCGUCAUUAUAACUGAUGUGAAAAUAAAAGUUAAGGAUAGAAAACAAACUGUUUCUCAAGUCAGGACUUAACACUCAUAAGUUUUUCAGGACCUGUUGUUAAUUCAAGUUAAUGAGAGUUAUAAAUAUAUUGAAACUGAAAACAUGGAGGGAAACUUGUUCUCAACCUUUUAUCUGUGUACUCACUACGUUCUCUAAAUCUGGUUUUACCCAGAUUAUUUAAAACAACUCAGAAAAUCUUAAUUAAUUUGAUUAAUUUGAAAUUUCUCCUAUAAAAUAAAAAUACCAAAAAUGUCACAGAAAUAUAUAGAUUUAUAUUUGACAUAGUAAUGAUUACAUAAUGUAUUUUCUUGAACCACUUUGUGUGUGUGUGUGUCUGUUUUAAGGUUCUGAACCUGUUCCUUAAUGUGUAUGAUUUAGUGCUGAAAUUAUUUAACAUUCUAAUGAAUUGUUAUUUUGCAUCAUUAAAAAAGAUACAGAAA